GCCCCCCCCGUUGAUCGCUGCGGUGUAUGUCGCUCGGGUCUCGAUCACGCAGACCGCUACAGCCGCCACCAUUUCGCUCCUACCCCCUUCCUACUUGUGCGCAACUUCUAGCUCCCUAGAAGGGAAACCGGACGCAAUUUUUGCCCCCGUGGACGAGUUUGUUCGUGACCCGUUCCUUCGGCGGCAUCAAUUGCACCAACCCCCUCACCCCACCUCCCUCGUGGCUACCACAGACUACCUCCUCUCCCGACAUGCAAACCAUGCGGAGGCAUUACUGUCGAAGCUCCGCAUCUCUCCGCUCUCUUUGUCAGGAACCACCAUCAGCACGUCGUUUCCGAUCUUCGACCACUCCGCUGUCGCUCAAGACGACGAUACCUACCGUAUGACGAGCCCUUUCGCAUCACCUCCACCCCCUUACUCACCGGAACACCCGCACGUUAUCCUCGAUCACGAGAAACUGCCUUCCGUCAUGGCCGACCUUCCUCCACAGUUGCCCAGCGACUCGCCCAAACCCAGAGGCAUGCGAGGAAAAGACGGCGAUAUCUUCCACCUCGCGCCGUCCGCCGCGUUGACUCUGCUCGCACGAUACACCGAACUGCUGGUCAGCAUGACUGGUGAUGUCCCACCGACGCCGCCGCCGAGCAACCCUACUACCCCUGGAAGCACAAGUCAGGAGCGACGCCAUUCCGAGGGCGGAUACUACUUUGGCUCCUCCGCCAGCAGUAUCGUCGACGGCAUUCGGAUUAAAUCGGUUUCUCCAUCGGAGACCGAAGGCGAUGAUAUCCUAGGGGAGGGAAAAAGCAUCAUUCACCAUGGAGGUGUGGAUGACAUGAUGCACUAUGGGACGAUCGCACGGAAAUUUUGGUGCAAGACCGCGCCUCAGGUUCCCAUCGAGGAAUAUCUCUUCAGGAUCCACCGCUUCUGUCCUCUCUCCACUGCCGUGUACCUCGCCGCGUCGUAUUACCUGCACCGUCUCUCCGUUACCGACCGCAUAAUACCCCUAACGCGAUUAAACGCCCAUAGGCUAGUGCUGGCCGCGCUGCGAAUAGCGGCAAAGACACUGGAGGAUCUCAGCUACCCCCACAGUCGAUUCGCCAAGGUUGGCGGUCUGACGGAUCUCGAUCUCUCGCGGCUGGAAGUCAGCUUUUGCUUCCUGAUGGACUUUGAGCUCAAGGUCGACCGUGCCAUGUUGGAGAGCCAUGUCGAAAUAUUGAGGAACAGUGUGGAGGCACAGGUGAUGCUGGGGAAGGACGCACUGGUGCCUUCGCGGAGACAUUCGGAUCCUGCAUGAUUUUUCGGCAGUUAUUUCUUCGGCGAUCAUUUCAUUUGU